CUGCCCGACCCAAUAUAUGUACAUAUAGCAUGAUCUCUUAUAUCAUUCCUCCAUCCACAAUAAUCUGAGAACACUUGAUGUUUCUUUGUCAGUUCUAUUCGACACUUAUCAACAGUACCGACAUCUCAUCGACAUCGACUGGACGUGAAAUCCAAUCACCACCCGAUACACAUCAAAAAAUCAUCCCUCCUCAGAGACCCCCUCCAUCUUCCAGUCCACAGCCCUCCCGCUCAGUGCGCAGUGUGUGUCAAAGCCUAGGUAGACAAUGACCCCCAGACUCUGCGCCUACUGUUCCCACGUCCCUUACUGGCUUGCUUCCCUACCUUGGCCGACAACAAAAUUUGAAUCGGAAUCGCAAUGGAGAUGGGGUGUAGACCCGGUUAUUACUCUUGGCUCUUGGAGGUGGAUGGAAGCGCAGGCGGCAAUGGUGCAGGCGGCGAUGGCAGCUGAAGCAGAGGCGAGGAAAGAAGCAGAAGCAGAAGCAGAAACAGGGAAGGAAGUAGGCAAGGGGGUAGGAGAGGAAGUACUAGGGGAGGAAGUAGGGGAAGAAGGAAAGGAAGUAGUAAGGGAAGUAGUAGGGGAGGAAGUGGCAGGGAAGGAAGUGGCAGGGGAAAAAGUAGCUGGGGAGGAGGUAACAGGAAAAGAAGUAACAGGGGAAGUAGCAGGGGAAAAAGAAGAAGCAGGUACAGGUCGGACCCAAACAGACUGCUACCUGGACCAGGAAACAGAUAAGAUGAAGCGAGGAAAGAAAGCAAGUGGGGAAAAUGGGAGAAAGGGAAAGAGCGAAGGCGGGGGAGGGCAAGGGGAGCAAGGAGGGGGUAGACAAAGAGAAGAAAACUACAGACAAGAAAAAAUGGAGGGAGGAUGCCACCUCUGCCUCUUGAUCACCAAAUUCACCGACCGCGCGUCCUGCGCAAAAAAUACUUCAAGAGCAUAUUACCUGCCACCGGUGAUGAAUCCGCGGACUGACGAGUGGGCGGUAGACGUGCCGCUGGUUUUUGGGCGGAGGGGAGACUGGAGUUGGACGUCGAACAGCAAGAGGAAGGAGGAUGAGACGAGGGGCAAGUGGGACUGGAGGAUAAAGUGUCUGAAUAAUGAGGAGCUAUUUCAGGUGGAUUUGGUGAAGGUACCGGGGAGUUGGUGUCCGAAGUUUCAGCCGCCUAUGGGAUACAAUGAUCAGAAUCCUGAACAUAACGUCCUGCUCUUGAAGGAUUGGUUGAGAAACUGCCAACGGAAUCAUACGCAAUGCCGCGAGAUCAAGAAGACCUCAAUGGAUACCGACACCGAUUUCUUGCCAACUAGACUGCUCGAUGUCCAAGCAUUCGGAACGGGUAGUGGACUAUCAUGCCAUCUUGGGAACGACGUCAGGCUCGUCUGCUUGAGUCUAGCGAUGAGCCCGGGAUCAGACACGAACAAGUUCCCGCCGCCCUACUUCACACUAAGUCACUGCUGGGGACCACCGGAAAAGCGUCCGACGACGACCACCAAAGCCAACCUAUCCCAGCGCAUGGAAAGGAUUCCCUUCGUCGAGUUACCCCGAACCUUCCAAGACGCAAUCGAAAUGACCCGCAAACUAGGCCACCGAUACCUCUGGAUCGACUCCCUUUGCAUCGUCCAAGACGACGAACAAGACUGGGCGCGCGAAGCCAGUUUGAUGGCCAAGGUCUACUCCCACGCAUCCUGUACGCUAUCCGCCCUGAGCUCCCGCGACAGCAGCGGGGGGUUACACUUGGAACCACUAGACGAGGACCGUUCCUAUAUGGAUCUCAGUAUCACCACCUCACCUGCCCAACAACCAAGUCCCAAAAGCGGCACGAUAGAGAACAUGAACCGCGCCUUUGCCUCCUCCUCCUCCUCCUCCUCCUCCUCCUCCUCCUCCCCCCGAUUUCGAUUACUCUACUACUCCAACGAAAACUGGCACACCCUCUACAACGGGACCAACCGGACAAUGCACAUGGUGGGGAGGCUCGGCGACGACACCUCACCGCUCCGCUCUCGGGCUUGGACGCUCCAGGAGCGCGAACUCUCGCGGCGCAACAUCCAUUUCGCUAAGAAACAAGUACUCUGGGAGUGCGCGGAGCUGAAAGCCACUGCGCAGCGGCCGUGGCAUGAUCACUCUUCUUCGUACUAUGCUGGGCUGGACUCAUCACCACAACGUGAAUGGAAGGAGGAGUGGUCGGAGAUAGAGGUAGAAAGUGGAAGUAUUCCAAGCCUAAACCUUCUUCAACAUGAAGACGGCGAUUUGGUCCAAGCCGCUAGUGCUGCCAAUGGCAUUGCCAAUACCAUUUCCUCUCUGCUCAAAGCCUACACAAGUGAGUGCGACUGGUGGGCAAUGGUGUUCGAUUACAGCCAGCGAUUAUUAACCAAGGACACGGACAAACUGGCUGCCUUGUCUGGUAUGGCGCAGUUUUACCAGCGAAACCACUUCCCUUGUGCGCGGUACGUGGCUGGACUAUGGAGCUCUCGCCUGAAGGAAGAGCUGUUCUGGGAGGUGGAAGAUAAAUCGAGGGCGAGAAGACUGGCGGCGGCGGCGGCGGAUAAUUAUGUCGCGCCCAGCUGGUCGUGGGCGUCCGUCAAAGGAGGAGUAAUAAGUUUCAAACCGAAAGUUCCUGCCAGGAGGGUGAAAGAAAUGAGGAAGAAGCAGUUGAUGAUGGCUGGGACAUGGAGAGAUGCAGCCGAUAUACAGCCUAGGGAGAGGGACAAUAAAGAUGCACGCAAGGACGGCAUGGAUAUACGCAAAGACGGCAAGGAUCCAUGGAAAGACAUUAAAGAUGCACGUAGAGUCAUAACAGAUGGAUGGGAAGUGGAGGAGAUUAACUUACUGCCCAAGUACGACGACCCCUACGGUGCCCUAAAAGACGCGAAUCUCAUCAUAAGCGGUGCCCGUCUCGUGGAGGUGGAAUUGUUUACCGAAACCCUGAUCGAGCUAGACCCCGAGUAUAUGUAUGGGUCACAUUAUUACUUCGGCGGCUUGAAGAUCGACGGUCGUUGGGUGGCUGAUCAUGCCCUCGACGUAGAGGGGGAAGCAGAACGGAGCGGUAGUAGACUUUGGUGUAUGGGUAUGGUGGCGCAAAGAGAUUACAGUAAACUUCGGAAGACAGUGAUAGGGGGCCUUCUUCUCAGAGAAGAGGAGGAGAAGCGUGAUGUUGAUAGGGAUCUUUGUGUUUAUAGCCGGGUGGGAACGUUUCGGCAUAUGAGGGUAGCGAUUUUUGAUGGGGUUGAACCGAGGCGGAUUAAACUGAUAUGAGUAAGUGCGUUGGAAGUAGAAAGGGGAGGUGACCUGCAUAUGCUAGCAUGGAAGGCUCGUCCGAAACAAAAUAGAUGAGACCAAUCAGCAGGUUAGGUAAACCAGUCCGCGACCGCUCAAGAUAUAUACAAAAAGGCUGUUGCAGGACUGUGAUACGAAGAAAAAUAAUUCGAAAAAGAAAUCUCCUACUAUCCUAUUUCGAUAUUUCUAUUCAGUAAUUGCCUAGAACUUAAGACUAGACGUG